AUGGAACACAAUAGGCAGAAGAAAGAUCCAUCAUGCAACAAGAAAGUAACCUCUUCUCAUCCUUACGAAACAGCAAACUGGUUCACCCGUGCAUCUCUGGGUUGGAUGAACUCGAUACUGCGGCUUGGCAGCAAAAGACCUCUGGUAAAAGAAGACAUUUUCCCUGUUCGUACAGAAGAUAGUAUGGAGUAUCUUGUUAGCAAACUGAAGAGCGAGUGGCAACAUGAAAUUAACAGUUGCCUACCAAGUGAUUGUAAACCUCGUUUGUGGAGAGCAUUUACUCGAAUGUUUUCGUGGAAGGCAUACACCUUGAUGUUUGUUUUAGUUCUGUGUCGUUUCUUGUGUACAAUUUUACUGCCAACGCUAAUGUGGUUUUUUCUGUCGGAGUUUGUGAGGGAAUCACAAGGUGACGCUUCAACGUCUUCAUAUGUGUUCGUUACUGGAAUAAUUAUUUUAGCUCUUUUUAAAGGAUUCUCCAAGAAUCACUCAGCUUCGAUGGCAGAGAUUUGGAGCAAUCGACUUAAAGUGUCCUGCAUUGGCCUUAUCUACGAAAAGGUAAUAGUUUUCCCUUUAUAUCGUUUCAAAAAAGGGUACCUUCCUUAAUUUGGGGUGAAGAUAUCUCUCUGGUCAUGUUGUAUCAAAGUAACAGUUAAAGUUCUUCUGGUCAGGGACUCGCCAGUACCUUUGAUCUACUAUGAUCCGAGUGAUGCUGGAUCAUAAAUCUUGCCGAGCCGAAUCAGACUACACGGCAGACGUUUGUAGACGGCAGGCAUUUCUAGUGGAUAGGAAAGGGAAAAUGAAGUGAACAAGAUCGCCAGGAAGUGCAGUCAUCCCGUUCUCGCUUUCCUUUACCCCCCCCUUUUCUUUUCUUUGCGACGCAGGCAGAUCCGUGUCAUCUCAAAGGAACGAACUUUUUAUGACCUGGCGUUUGAAUGGCAAAGUGAAGGAGGAUUUGAGACAAGCGAGAAUGAGACAGGCGUCCCUUUCUCUCUGCGCACUUCAUUUUCCAGGUCCUCUCCCCUACAAACGCCUGGCGUGCCAUUCAGACUGAUCCGGAGCACGAUUUAUAAUCCGCAUUAUUACCCGAAUCCUGGUUCAUCCAAGUUACCGACGAGUCCUUGCGGUUCCUUUGAUUCACCAUGAUCGGGGUGAUCUUGCUUCAUAAGCCCUGAUUUGGAUCAUUCCAAUGGAACACACCAAAAGAUUACAAGAUAGAGUUUUUCUUUCAGUUGUAUUUCAAUUGAUGGUGUUUAAAUUUUGAGGGUAAUACAUGUGUCUUUCUGAUCUUGAGUCAAAGAAUUUGGAUCAAACCACUGUGUAUUCAAUUAGUACCCAGUAAAUAGUGUAACACUGCCACUGCCAGUGGUGGGAGUUCAUUUGAGGACGUUCGUAGCACUUGCAUAUUGAAUAAAUUAAAGGGGCUAUAUCAUGAGAAUAUUCGGCUGUUUUAGGACAAUUUUUUAGUGCUGAAUUCAUUACUUGGUGUAGAGUUAUGAAGAACAAAUCUUAGAAAUUUCAUCGGCAGGCACUCAUCACACUAAUUUUUGUGUGAGUUUUGGAGGCAUAGCAUUAAAACUUGAAAAAGGCGGCAAAACUUUUUCAUGUUGUAAUCGACCCCCAUCCUUGCCACCUAUUGCAACAGACGACAGAAAACAGUUUUAAUGCCUACAUAUAGUCUUCAAAAACAAAUACGGGCCAUUAUUUUACAAAUUGAAUUGAUGCGAAAAAAGGUUUUAGCUUUUUGAAAAUAAUAAAGUGAGAUAGCCCUUUAACUUUCACUAGCAAAAAUUUGGCCGAUUAAUGCGCCUGUUCUUUUUAUAAACGCAGAUCCUGAAAGAACUUAAACGAAGUGAUGUUCAGAAGAUAAUCACUGGCAAGACAAUCAACCUCGUAACAAACGAUGCUCAGAAACUGGAGAAACUCGUAUUUGGGCUACACUAUGCCCUUCCUGCUCCAUUCUAUAUUUUGGGUUCAGUUGUUGUUCUUUUGGUCCUAAUUGGGUGGAGAGCUUUAGUCGGCAUGUGUGUUUACAUACUUUUACUCAUUUAUAUUUUCACAAUGUCACACAAGAACGGCAAGUUACGCCACAAAACUGCUGUAGCUACGGAUAAAAGAUUGGAGGUGAUGAACGAGAUCAUAUCCGGUAUUAGAGCUGUCAAAUUGUACGCUUGGGAAUGGAGUUUUACAGAAAUCAUUAAACAAUUAAGAAGGUAAAUUGAACUGGAUUAAAUAUUAUCUGGGCGAUGGGAAUCACCACAACUCUGUCACUAAUGCAGUAAUUUUCCUCCGAAAACCGUUCCUAUUUUCACUCGCCUCCCCAAUUAGUCGAAUUCCUCACCAAGUAUUCUCCUCUCCUUCCAUGAACCUGUCUCCAUCUUCUCUUUCACUGUCCCUUUAAGUGUGAAAUAACGUAUAACAAACUUACGUCAGUAAAUAAAGUGAUGGUCAUACUUUUGAAACAUGCUGUUACUAUAAAUAAAAGCUUGGAAAAUAAAAGUACAAAGGCGUUCUAAAUGUUUUUCUUUUAAUAACUGACCAUACUGCUUUCAUUUGUCUUCCAAACAGGAAGGAAAUGUGGUACAUUAGAAUAAGGGGACUUGUUAUAUCCAGCCUGUUGUCGAUGGCUUACACAAUUGCACCUCUCGCUGGGUUCAUCUCUGUUGUCACACUGAUAGCAGCAGGGGAACAAAUCACUGCUUUUAACAUGUUUACCAUUCUUUCAACCUUAAACGUUAUCAAUUUCUCCGUCUCUGUUGCUAUGGGAUACUUUUUGCCUUUGAUUGCUGAAGCAAAUACUGCAAUCAAUCGGAUUGAGAAAUUCUUGUCAACACCGACAUACAGCGAGAGACGUAUCACGUUUGCUUCUAGGCGUGGUCCAUGUGGCUUCCUUAGUCUGAGUCUGAAGGAUAUAGCAUCAACUGUGAGGCAAGAGAACAUCAAGGUUGAAAAAGCCAAGUUGAUUUCCUUAUCAAACAAAGGGGGGAUUCUAGGUACUGAGACCAAUGAUCUUAUCCUUCUGAACGUUUCGGCAUCUUGGGACAGACAUGAGGAGAGGAUGGCUUUAAAGGAUGUUUCCUUUUCUUUGAAGAAUGGGCAAAUGAUGGCUGUGACUGGGUCGGUUGGAAGUGGAAAAUCCUCUCUUUUAAUGACCAUACUUGGCGAGCUUCCUGCCAUUAAUGGAACAAUAUUGUUUGAUGGAACAGUUGCUUAUGUACCACAAAUCCCUUGGGUUUUCUCAGGAACUAUAAGAGAUAAUGUUUUGUUCGGAAGACGGUUUGAUGAAGCCAAAUAUCAUGAAAUACUUGACAUUUGUUGUAUGCAAACCGAUUUGAAAAACUUCUCGUUUGGUGACUUAACAGAAAUAGGGAGCCGUGGUGUAAGCCUAAGUGGUGGUCAACGAGUCCGUGUGAGUUUAGCACGCGCACUGUAUUCAGGCGCUGAUCUUUUUCUAUUGGACGAUCCUCUUAGCGCAGUGGACGCCAAAGUCGGAAAGAGUCUGUUUGAAAGGUGUAUUUGUGGAUUUUUGUCUGGUAAAACCCGUGUUUUCGUUACUCACCAAUUGCACUAUCUAACAGAACUAAAUAACGUCAUUGUGCUAAGUAAAGGUGUCAUGGUGAAAGGAAAAACUAGCUUUUUAAAGGAAGGCUCCAAUACCUGCAAUUCUAGACGGUGCGAUGCCAAUAUACCUGGAAAUUUAGAGGGAGAUAAUUCGAAACGGUCAUUAGAGAACUUACUCACUACUGAGGGAAAUCAAGAUUUGAAGGAAGAUGAGGAAGACAGAAACACUGGUUCCAUAACUUGGAAGCUCUACUGGAAGUACUUCAGGACAGCGCAUUCUGCUCCUGUAAUACUCUUCCUUUUCCUGUUUAUUCUUGGAGUGAAAGGUAACUAUAAACUAUAUUUACAGGAUUUGUCCAAGAUCAAUAUCUUGGCUUUUUUUUCCUUUAAAAUAUGGUGUUAUUGACAUGGUUCACCUACUGCCAAGGAACGUCGGAAUUUUAGGCGUACUUGGGAAGAGCGCGGCGAGGCGACAUGGUGAGAAGAAAAAGUUGAAAUUAAAUCAAGGUCAGGAGUUAAAACAGUGGGAUCAUUUAAACUAAAGUAAAAUCUUUUAAAUAUAUUUGGCACGCUAAGUUUUGUUACUUCGGAGGGGCAAUGUCCUAGUGCUCUUUGCUCCAUCGUUUACGUUCUUGUACAAGCUUAACUUGAAAUAUAAAACCAGGUUCAGGUGGAUAGCCCGCUAGAUUGGCCUAAUUUGAUAGGGACAACAACUCUGGUUCAUUUUGUUUAAUCGGUUUUUUGUUCUUUUUUUAAAGUGUUAUUGAUAAUGUCUCACUGGUGGGCAUCACAGGUCGCAGAAAUGACCCAAGAGCAACAGAGAUCAUCAAGGAUACUGAAAAUUUAUGGAGCCUUGAUCAGCUCAUCCCUUGUGGCCAACUUUAUUUGCUCGUAUCUUUUUUAUUGGACGCUCCUUAAAGCUUCGGAGAGACUACACAACAAGAUGAUGGUCUCAGUCAUCAAGGCACCUCUGAUUUACUUUGACAAAACACCUGUAGGACGCACUUUAAAUCGAUUUUCCAAAGACAUCGGCAGUAUGGAUGAUGUCCUUACUCCUCAAUUCCUGACGGCUGUGGAAACUGUUUUAUUUGCAACGAGCACUAUACUGCUGCCAGUAGUAGCAAACAUUUGGCUUAUUUUGAUUGCAGUUCCUCUUGUUUUAGUCGCCUUUUAUUAUGGACGUUACUAUUUGAAGUCAUCCAGGGAAAUCAAGCGAUUGGAGGCCAUCACGUGCAGUCCUGUGUACUCGCACAUUUCUGACACAGUUGCAGGAUUAGAGAUAAUCCGUUCGGCACAAAUGGAGCAGGAUUUCCUAAGGAGACUAUUCAAGUACGUAAUAUAAUAAUUGCUCAUGUACAGGCCGUUGAGCUAAAUUCUUGUUUUAUAAGUCAUCCUACCACACGCGCAAAGAUCAUUUUAAAGAGAUUAGUUCCAGUUAGAGAGACCUUUAUAGUCACAAAAGCACCCAAUUUGGCAAACAACUCCUUCUGAAAUAGAGCUGUUUUCACUUGACUGUCGUAAAACCAAAACCAAAGUAAAUACACUAGCCAACCAAAGGGCGUAGUAAAACCAAAACCAAUCCCUUUCGACAGUCAAGUGAAAACGGCUCUAAUACCAGCAAAUCUAGGACUUACGCAGCCCUCUUUUACACCCACUCGUCAAGUUAAGUAACUGACUUCAUGCUUCUUGACGUACGGUCCUGCUUGCGCUCUAUCGCUUCAAUACACUUUUCAGUCAGUCCUACGUGGCUUGGAUAACCUGGUUGGUUAUUAUGAAGGAAAUCUAGACGCUUACUUUGUAAGGAGCUUUGUUUGAAUGGUUGGGGGCGGCUAAGGGCAUGCAAGUGGUAUGUCGAUACACCCCAACGAGUAGAUAAUAUGCCCAAACAUAACAGAAGCAUAGCUACUUGAUAUCCACCAUUAUUAUUCAUUUAAUAAAUUUCUUCGUUUCUGAUUGGCUAAAAUCCCACGCAACAGAGAAUUCAUCACAACCAGCUUUCGUCGACCAAAUUUCGAAGAAUUUUUCGAUAUAUGAAAAAUGAGGUCAAUCGUGUAGCAAAUUGCCAGAUUAUGGAACCGUUAACUGAGAAAACGGACGAGGUGGAGUUGUUUUGGUAGUGAGUAAAAAAAAUGGCGGAAAAUUUCACUCGUUUCACGAGAGGAAUAAAUAGGCGAACUAUUUGCUAGCAAGAACAGCAAGAAGACAACUCGACGGACGACAUGUACAUCUGCUGUUUGGAGAAUAUUUGCGGAGCCGAACAACCCUAUAUCUCCUAAACUUGCCGAUUAACAUGCGCUAUCGAAGAUGAACUUAACAUCGAUGGACGUAAGCAUGUUUAAUCUUGUUUUAAAUUAGGCCUCUUUGGAUAACACCCUCCUCGAUGUACAUAAUUCUUCAGAUGAUACUCAGCCUCAUUAAAAAAUUGUUAAUUAUUAGGAAAUUGAGUAAGCCUUUUACCAGACCUUUGCAUACCGUAUACCAAUCCCCAUAAUCCUGCAGUACUUACCAAAACUCAGGGGCACACAACGAGAAUAUAGUUCAAAACCAUUUAAUUAUAGCAUUGUUAAACGUAUUUUAGUGUUUAAACGGUAGAUAUAGGCAGAUUUUCAUCCCCUAAAAAUUCUUCAUUUGGAUUUCCUAGCGGAAAGUUUAGUGAUCCGAAAAUCAUAGGGAUCAAAACUUACCUUUUCGAAAAUUUCAGCCAGAAAAAAGGCUGCCGAAAAUUCUUGGUGACCUUUUUAGGGUAAAAAUACGUUAAAAAUAGCCAAUUAUACCAUAUUUUAGAUGUUAAAAAUCCUAGGAGAGGGAGGCAAGCAGGAAAUUUUGCAACAAAUGUUCCGAAAAUCCUAGAUCUCAAAUCGUCUUCAGAACAGAUAUUUUCCGAAAAUUGACGUAUGGUGCCCCUGAAAACUGAUCAUCACACUUGGUGAUUCUCUAGAAUUUAUCCGAGCUUCCAAUGGAUCAUCUUGAGUAGCAUUUAGGAUCGUUACUUUCUGAUCAGUACCAGAACUUGUUUCCGUUCAAAGCAACAGUUUUCGUUUCCCAAUUCUGCCUGAAAUUUAUCGAGUUUUAUUGUUGACGGUUUGAAAGGUGCUGUAGCGAAGUCGGUGUUUGUAAACAUCAUUUAUGACCUUCUUUUUUCAUUUUUAUGGUUAGUUACCAGGAUGAGAACACGUCAGCCUUAAUGAUGGUGAUAACCAGUUCCCAGUGGCUUGCUCUUCGUAUGACCCUUCUAUGUAGCUUGAUGGUUGCCGCUGCAGGUUAUGGAGCUGUCCUUGUUGCCCAAAGCCCAGGUUUGUUUUCUUGGGAACACCGAGCAGGGGCGGAUCCAGAAAAUUCAGAAAGGGGGUAACCGGGACACUUAACAGUUGUAUCCAACUAGAUAGAAUACAAAGGAAAAAAGGGCGGCGGCCCUCUCGGCCAACCCUUAAAUCUGCCCAUACCGAGACCAAAAUGACCGAUUUCCUUUUCAAAGCCAACAUCGUCUCCAGAGUCUCCGUUGAAAAACAGACCCUAGGCUAGGAAAAAAGCUGUUUUGUAACAUGCAUUGCAGUGCUGAUAGCCAUAUCUUUCUCUCUUUUCUUAGCUGCCUUUCAAUUCUCCGUGUGGCUUGGGCGUUUCGCGGCGGAGCCUGAUUUCGACUCUCUUGCGAAACGUUCUUAGCGCCAGGGAGUGCAGAGACGGCUGUAUUCGCCGGCUAGUAACCCUAUUAUCAUGGCAAAACUUCCCAGAGUCGUCUGUCUGACCAUAGUCUGCGUCACAGACUUAAUUUAACCCUGGUUAGCCGUAACGUAUGCGAAGCAGCACCGAGAUCCUUGUUCUUAGGCCCCAACAGACUCAACGAAAUACCGGAGGAGCGUUUAGAAUUUCGUUUCAACUUGAUUAGCAAAUCAACAAUGGCUUUUUUAACAGGCCAAUCUUGGCGGGUACUUAAAACCAUAUACACAUGUUGGGGCCCAGAACAAGGAGUCUGGCGCUGUUCCGCAGACGAACUUAGCCAGCGUAGUUUCGUCUUUGGCGUAGGUUAUUUUAUCAGAGCCAUAUAUUAUUUCCCUUCAGCCCUUGCAGGGUUGUCUCUUACGUUUCUGUUGGAAGCCGUGGAUGAAGUCGCAUUUAGCAUCAGAAUAAGUUCUGAAGUGGAAAAUCUCAUGACUUCGGUAGAAAGAGUAAUAACGUACAGUAACUUGGACGAAGAGGCCGGUUAUAAUACAGAGAUCCAGCCACCGGAUUCAUGGCCCACAAAGGGGACGAUCGACAUCAAGGACUUGUCUUUCAGGUACACCGAAAGUGGCCCACGAGUUCUAAAGGACAUAAAUUUGUUUAUUUCUGACAAAGAAAAAAUAGGAGUCGUUGGUCGAACAGGAGCUGGGAAAUCAUCACUCGUCGCAUCAUUACUGCGCAUGCCUGAUCCAGAAGGAAAGGUAGUGCAAUAUCUUCAUGUCAAUACUGACUUGAUUAUCAAUAGGUUUUAAAUAGGCAAUUAUUAGAAACUUGGAAAACAAGGCAAAGAGAAAUUUUCAGUCUCAAAAUUGCAAAGACACUUUCAUUUAGUUGACGCGACAAAAAGCCCUAUGGCUCUAAGUGAAGUGUGUCAAGACUUCUGUCAUGAACUAUUGUAAACGAGGGUGAGUGUUUCAAAGGGUCUCCAGAUAACAGGAAAAAAGGUUUAACUAGCCAAGUUUUUUAAAAGGGACCUUGACUUUUCCUUUUAAAUUAUAAAACGAUCGAUAAAUCCAGAACAGUCCAAAUCAAAAUUUGCUGUUUUUUCUUGGUUAAAAAGGUAAUAAGAAACAGAUUGCCUUUUUUCUUUCUUAGCUGUUAAUGACCACUAACGCUAAAAUAAGUAGCCUAGUAGGAAUGAAAAAAGCUCUUUUUUUUGAGCAGGAAUCUCAUUAAAGGAGACAAGAUAACAUUAACGCCGAUAACGCGACAAACAAGGCAUCUCACUGAAUGACAGAGACGUUGGCGCGUAUUGCCUUCACAGGAAUGACCCCUCUGCAAUAGGCCAUUUGCACUAAGAGGUCAUGGGGACAUCGUUUUUAUGAAAAUGAACGUUAUAUGAUUUUGCCUUCGAAAAACGAUUAGUGGGUCAUACCUUAAACAAAAUAAUAGUGAUUUGGUUUGUCAAACCCGCACCAUUUUCUUAAAAUGAGUAAGUUCGUAGCUGGUCACGUGACCAAAAUGUAAUUUUUAAAAUUAGGAAUUACAUCUUUCAGAACACAAAUGUUGCACUUAAAGUUCAAGGAAAAUGUUGAAAAGAUGAUGUGGUAACGUUUACAACACAUCUGAGCGUAACUAUCAAACGUUUAACAAGAUAGAAGCAAAAAGUAGUUUUGGCCGCCAUGUUGGAGCGCAAGAGUAUGCCCUCCAACAUGGCGGCCAAUACAAAUCAUACUGCUUUGUUGUAAAAUCAAAGUGCCAUAAAAUAUCUCCCUUAAAUGCAUUUCCCCUCAAAUUUCGGGCGUAAGAUAAUUCUUAUGUGCUCUGUCAAUUUUUGGCAUCAGCAAGCUUCCAACUCAUCGUUUAAAGGAAGCAUUGGUCACGUGACCUCUUAGUGCAACUGGCCUAUUAAUCAUGGUAUCAUUAUGGCUAAGUAAAGCAAUGACCCAUACAUACCUAAAGAAGGGCACGCACGACCAAUAAAAGUAAAAAUAAACAAUGACAUCUGUUACAUUAUCGCAUUUAAUUGACUAACCAUUAAUUUUACUUUGUCUAAGCAUAUCAAUUGUGACAAUUACUAUUAAACCCAAUUACAUAACCCCCCAAAGUCAGCAACAAGCAAUUAGCUUUAUUGAUGUCUUGUGUUUAAGGAAAAGAUUCAUCAAUGGAAAUUCGAGUAGCUUUACUUUUCAAAUUAGUUUUUUGCGUUAAGAAGUUAAAUUCCUCACAUUUUUAGUUGAGUCCAAGCUUGUGUCGCUUUUUUAACAGCAUCGAUCCAAAAAUAAAAAAACUUGUCAAAUCGGUUCUACUAGGCACAACGCAGCAAUAGAAAGACACAUAAUCGCAAAGAGAUACCUAUUCGUGACUUCAUGUGCGUUAGUGCAUUCAUCUCCUGUAAUGAGAUACCUACCCCUCACCCCAAUUAAAAGGCUUAAAACACCCCUACUAUAGUAUUAUGCGCCCUCAAAAGUUAUGAUCAAAAUGGUUUUAUCUUGAUUAGGUGUUUGUCGAUGAUGUCGAUAUUGGGGCCAUCAACCUUCAAUCAGCUCGUCGAUGUAUGGCUGUUAUCGCCCAAGAUCCAGUCCUGUUUGGAGGCAUCCUGAGAAGAAACAUUGACCCAUUCUCUAGAUUCACGGACACAGAGCUUUGGACCGCCCUCGAAGACGUCCAGCUAAAAGGAGUGGUAGAGGAACUUCCUGGGCAGCUGAACUUCCAGUUAAAAGAAUCAGGAUCGAACUUCAGUGUCGGGGAGAGACAGUUGGUGUGCCUUGCCCGUGCAUUGGUGCAAAGAAGCAAGAUCAUUAUCAUGGAUGAGGCCACUGCUAAUGUGGACUUCAAGACUGAUCAUCUCAUCCAGGAAGUCAUUCGUCACAAGUUUAAGGAUUCCACAGUGCUAACCAUUGCCCAUCGACUCGACACAAUUAUGGAUUACGAUAAGGUUUUGGUUCUUGAUGGUGGACGAGUUAUGGAGUUUGAGAAGCCUGACGUCCUAAUUAGAAAAGGUGGCCUGUUUGCAGAUUUGGUGAAAAACACAAGUGAAUCGAAAAGUCGGAAUCUUUAACGGAAAUUUUACUUGCUAUCAGCAGCCGGUCAAGCUAUUGUUCUUCACAGAGGAAGGCUUUACACUCAAUGCAUGGCAGAAUUAAGUCAACAUGAAUUUUAUCUGUGUGUCAAACUCAGGCAAACCCCAGGCCACUGAGUUAGAGAAUCAAGUGUCAUGUUGCGUGGAUUGAGAUUAGCUGUUAUCUCUGGAUUGUUUUUAAAAUUGUUUCUCAUGAUUUGUUAAAAUCAAAAUCUAGUACGUUAUUUUACUCAGCAUGCAAAGUGUUGUAAAAUUCUCAAAGGUGCCCAUGCGGUGAAUCAAAUUAUGCCAGUUUAUGAAUUAGAAAAGUACGUCUUUGACGACAUAUGGCAUGAAGCGUGAUUAUUAUGAAUUGUAACAUUAAGUUUACCACUGUAACAGAGAAUAUCUUUUAACGUACUUAAAAAUUGUUGCAUAGAGUAAAGAGCAAAGCUUCAAUCGAUGUAUAAAUAGCUCUAAAAAUGAACUUGACCAAUCGUAUUGCCUAGUGAUGGUAUAUAAACUAAACGACUCUGUACCCUGUGAUUUUGGCAAUGUUUCUUACUUCCACUUCCAAUAACAGACUUAUUGAGUACGACAAAAGUGGACCAGAAUCCCAUAUUGUGUUAC